UUGCAGCCUUUGGAGCUUCAAUAAAAAAAAUAUUUAAUAAUCCAAAUUAAAUUGCGAGUCUUAUCACCAUGGAUGGUCCCAUCCACUAUCGAUAGUCACUUAAGCUUCCUUACCAUCUCUAUCGGACGUGUUGUUUGUUAUUAUUGCAGAAAAUAAGCAGAUCAAUAUGCCUCCGAGCAAACUUGAUAGUCUUUACCGGCGAAUGCUGAUAACAAGAUUCUUCGAAAAAGGAUGGGGAAAGCCAGAAAAUUUGCGCAGAGUGUUUCAGUUCCGAAAAAUCAUAUCCAAUAGGGAAUCAUGCUUCAAGCUUGUGCCCCGCGAUUAUCCGGUGGAGAUAACAAAAAAAGAAAUUUAUUCAGAAAGCACUCUGGUUGAAGGGAAAUUCAUAACUCCACUCGAGUUACACCUACCCGGAGUAGUUCCCAAGGCCUCCAAACAUGCCCAUUUUCAACUCCUGAUUCCCAACAAGUGGAAAAGCGAGAAGCACAAGCCGGUGUGCAUUCACCUGGCCGGAACUGGGGACCAUUUCUUCUGGCGAAGGAGAAACUUUAUUGCAAAGCCCUUGCUGAAAGACGCCAACAUCGGAUCCAUUAUCUUGGAAAACCCCUUUUACGGAGUAAGAAAACCUGAUGACCAAACACGAUCAAACCUGCAUAAUGUGUCGGAUAUAUUCGUGAUGGGGGGAUGUCUCAUUCUCGAGUGCCUGGUGCUUUUGCAUUGGUGCGAGAGAAAUGGAUUUGGGCCUCUUGGUGUGACUGGCUUGUCAAUGGGUGGACAUAUGGCAUCUUUAGCUGCAACCAAUUGGCCAAAGCCUCUUGUUUUAGUUCCCUGCCUUUCCUGGUCCACUGCAUCUGCUGUUUUUACAACUGGUGUUAUGAGCCAAUCCAUUAACUGGGAUAUGCUGGAAACGCAGUACUUCUCCGAUGGACAGUUUAGGGAACGUCUUUCUAAAAUGGUCACUAUUAUUGACGAUGCAUUCUCUGCUGGCCAGAGUUUUAUUAAAAAUUUUAAUCAGUCCCUGCACGAGCUUAAAGAGGACAUAAGUGACACUAGAAAAAUCCAGGAGCUCAAGAACAACACCUGCGGCGACAAAUAUGAGAUGCAGGCCAAUUGCUCCCAAAACGACAGUUCAAUAUUCUUGAGCCAAUCCCUAAAGAACACAAAAGUUGACACCGAUAAUCUAACUUUAAAAUUAAAAGACGACAUGGCUCCCAAGGUAGCUAUUGAAACGGAACCACCAUCUCCCAAGGCAUCGACUUCGACGUUGACAAACCUCAUGAAAUUCAUCCUGCCCCUGUCGGCUCAGAACAAAUCUGAUAAAAUAGAUAUAACCAAGACGAACUGGUGGGAACGGGAGGCGUUGCAGUUUAUGCGUGGCAUGAUGGACGAGUGCACUCACCUGAAAAACUUUUCGGUUCCAUUCGACACCUCCCUGAUCAUUGCGGUAUGUGCUAAAGACGAUGCCUAUGUGCCUCGGGAGGGUUGUUCCAGCCUCGAGGAUAUUUGGCCUGGAGCUGAGGUGCGUUAUUUGGAUGCUGGUCACGUUAGCGCCUACGUUCUGCACCAGAAACUUUUCAGAUCAUGCAUUAUAGAGGCCUUUGAUAGGGCCAAGAAGAUUUACGGAAACGAUGUUGGAGAGAAUCUUAAAUGUGAUAUGACUUAUCAGCAAUUGUUACAACAAUAUAAUAAAAGUAUUUAGUUAUUACUAUAUUAAGUAAACAUAACAAAAAAUAUGUUGCCAUAAAAAAAAUUAGAUGCAUUAAACA